CCAGGGAUGGGGCUGGGCAAAAGCCUGGGCAGGGCCUGGCACCCCUGGAGGUGCCAGCUCCUCCUUCCAGGCCCUGAUCCUGUGCCCUUCCAGGAGGCAGCCUGAGCUGCGGGCAGCCAUGCUGAGGCCUGCGAGGGCUUCCUGAGAGAAACGGGGCUGUCACUCUGGAAGAAAGUGGAGUUGUCAGGUGUUGGGGCCUGAGCUGUAGAGGGUGGUCCUCCAGAGGGGUACCUCCCCUUUUUGGGGGGGGAGAAGCUGUGUAAGAAAUGGGUGCUACAGCUUUUCACUGAGAUCUCCAUAUGUGUUUCAUUGGGAUCUUCUGGUAAUACACAGGUCUGCAUUUUGUGGAUUUGCAUGUAGCAGGUCAUUGUUAUUCUGAGCUCCCCUUGGAUGGAAAGCGCAACUCGCACAUUGAACAAUUGACCAGGCUGGUUUUUACGUUGCUUUUAAACAUUUGCAUUUCAUCAUCUAACCUGCCCUGGAAAGAUUCUGUCUGAUGAUGGGAUGGAUAUUGAUAUCUCAUUAAGAAACAUGCAUCUUCUUUAGCUCGCCUGGCCUUUGACUGCUGAGACAUAGCUGUCAACGUUUACCUUUUUUUAAGGGAAAUUCCCUUAUUCCAAAUAGGAUUCCUCGCAAGAAAAGGGAAAAGUUGACAGCUAUGUGCUGAGAUAGGACGCUCUCUGGUUGUGAUUGUAAUUGGUUUUAAACUGUUUUUGAUACUGAAUUUUAAAUUGCUGCAACCUUCCCUGGGACCUUAUGAUGAAGGGAGGGUAAGAAAUAAUAAUAAUAAAUCACCAUCACCAUUGGGACAAAACUCAUGGUGAUUUUAUGGUUUGUUAAAGAAUCCAUGGUUUAGGUUGAUGUGCGAUGAGACCUAGGCUUCCUUGGGUGGCUCUCAUGGGAUCUUCUCCCCAAUUCCCUAUGACAGGCCUACUGCUGUGGGGAGAACUGAGCUGGAUGUACAUAUGAAAAAGCACAGUACCUCCAAUAAAUAUGGACUAUAAUUUGCAAUUCUGCCUUGUCGCUUCCAACAGAUGAAGGCCCUUUGCAUUUCUACAGAAACACUCUCAUGGUUAAUGGUUACCCAGGGUGGCUGGGCUUUUAAUAACACCAUUAUAAAAAAUAUAUAUUAUUGCUACUUUUCCAGGUUCCAGUGCGGACCCCGUGCCUUGAAAGCUGGUUCCAAGUCCAGCUUUGCAGGUUCUAAGAAGGCGUUUGGUUCCCUUUGCCCUUCAGCAUCUUCUGUGUGGAUCAGCUGCUCUGUUCACCCCGAUACGAGGAGUCUGCUGUGCAGAGCAAGGCAGAACUGACAGGGAUGAUGGAGGCGGAACGCAGAAGCUCCACUCGUGGAGGGCGAAGGAAGUGGCUGCGCCUGUCCUCAGAGCCCUUUGAAAAUAUGAAGGAGGUGGAAGCGGAGGAGGAGAAGCAGAAUGAGGCACAGCCGGUACCCAAGGCGCAGCCAAGCAGAGCAUACCUGCACUGGCUCAAACUCCAGAAACGCCUCCGCCGCGCUCUGGACCUGAUGAAGAAGGAGGACUUGAAGCCCAUCCACCUGAGCCACGGCCUGCAGCACCUGAGUCGCUCAGCCUUGGGCAGCCCCGUGCGGUGCGUGACGCACGAUGUGCACGGGAAUCGCUUUGUGGUGCUGGACUCGGAGAACAAGCUGCACUCCUUGAAGGAGGAGGGCUCCUACAAGAGCUGCCUGAGGGCCCCUGCCCCCAUGGCGGGAAUCCUCCACGCCUCCCUGGUCCACCAGUUUGUGGCUUGGGACGAGGGCGGCCUCCAGGUCCUGGACUCCGGCUUCCAGCUGCUCUCCCAGGUCCGCUCCGCCAUGCCCAUCCGAUGCGGGAUCUACAGCGAGAACCUGAACCGGAUCGUGACCGCGGGGGACGGGAACCUGACCAUCUGGGACUUCCGCUACGGCUGCCGGAGCCUGCAGUGCCGCGUCGUCCUGAGCGAGGGCCUGGGGCCCGGAGACGUCUUCUCCCACAUCGCCCUGGACACCAGCAGCUUGCAGCCCCAGCGCUGCUUCGCCUCCAGCACGACGGGCGCUGCGGCCUGGGAUAUCUCCAGUGGGAAACUCCUCUCUUUCAAGAAGGAGCUCCACAACAGGGUGAUCACAGACCUCACCUACUGCGAAGUGAUCGGCUGCGCCAUCACGGCCUCACGGGACACAACCAUCAAGGUCUGGGACAAGAACUGGCACAUUCAGAUGGUCUUUGUGGGCCACACGGGUCCGGUCGUCGCUGUGACCAUCUACCCUCAGAGGCCCCUCAUCUUCUCCGCCUCCCAGGACGGCACCAUCCGCACCUGGAACCUCAACACCAUUGACCAGGUGGACCAGGUCCAUUUGUCGGAGCCGGUGGAGACCCUGAAGGCCGUCACCCUUUCUCACGUCGUCUCCGUCUCCGGCUCGUCCCUGACCCUCUGGAAGAUCAACAAGCUCUACUCGCUCUACACGCCCGUGGGCUGCCCCGUCCGGCGCAUCUGCUGCGUCAACCUGGAGGCCCUGGGCAGCUUCCCCGUCCGCGCCCUCUGCGUCUGCCAGGACUCCACCGUGCGGAUGGUGGACGCUCAGAGCGGAGUCAUCAUCUCCAUUCUCUUCCUGGACAGCCACCGCCAGGGCCUUGACGUGGCGUACUGCCUGCCCCGGGAGACCCUCUUUGUGCUGAUGGAGGAUGGGGCCGUGCUGUGGGUCAACAGCGCCCAGGACCCCAUGCAGGUCAAGAAGAGCCUUCCGGGCCACACCUGGGCGUCUGCCCCCUGCUGCCUGCUGGUCUACAGCCACGUGCUGGACCCGGAGAAGGCCUAUUCCCAGUGGCUGGAUGUGCUGGAUUGCAAGGGCUACAAGAAGCAGUGGCUGAAACACCCGGAUAAAAACAGGUUCCUGCUAAUUUUGGGGCACAAAACGGGCUUCCUGACCGUGGUGGAGUGGUUUCUGACCCGAAACCGGUACAAGGUGGAGGCUCACGGCACCCAAGCGGUCACAGCCUUGGCUGAAUACCCCACGCAGAUGUGUAUCAUUUCAGCAGGUGCCGACCGCACGGUGAAGAUGUGGCGCGUCUUCCCCUACACCACGGAGUGCCUGGUCCCGCUGCUGAGCUUCUCCUGCGCCUCCCCUGCCUUGCACCUGUGCUCCCUGGGGGAGACGCUGGCGGUGGCCUUCCAGGACCCCCAGACGGCCACCUACAGCGUCGUCUACUACAACCUGAUGAAGCAGACGCGCUCCGAGCACAAACCCGAAGACGACGCCCAGGACGACAUCACAGGCCUCUGCUGCUGCCCCAACCUGAAGCUCUUCGCCUCGUCCAGCAGAGACGGAUCCGUGAAGAUCUGGGACAUCGAGAACAAGCUGCUGCGGCACCUGAAGAUGAACAGCAUCCCGGAGAGCCUGGCCUUUGCCAACCACUGGGGGGACCUGCUGGUUGGGCUGGAGAAACACGUCUUCCUCAUCCACCACAAGAAGUACCUGCCCAACUACUACAGGAUGAAGCUGCUGUGCGCCAGGUUCCUGGAGCCCCUCAAGGGCGUCCCUCUCCCCAUCAGCGAUUCCCACUUUGAGGCUCUGGUCAAGGAGAACGUCCGGCGGCUGAAGCAGGACCCGCCCCUGGAGGAGACCGAGUCCCCUGUCCCUGGAGCCCGCAGGAUGGCCUUGCAGGAGUCCAGAGUGCUCCGCGACAUCCACGCCAGGGCGGAGGGACUCUCCCAGAUGGCCGACAGGGACCAGGAUCUGGAGCUGGUCCAGAAGGGGAAAGUGAGCGUGACCAAGAAAUCGCGGCCCAACAAGGAAAUGAAGGAAGAGGCCUUUGAGAAAUACCUGCAGAUAUUCUACAAGCCGCAACCCAAAAUUGAGAUCCCGGUGGAGGACACCUUCAAUGCUGAUGAGGUGCUGGAAGCCAUGUGCCGGGCAAAGUCCAUUUCGGAGCUCUAUGGGCCAGACGGCAUGUUCCUGGGGUCCUUCCCUCCACCCAUUUCCCUGCAAGGUCCUGAAACGUUGGAGGACACCAGCCCCCCUGCAGAGGGGAGCCCACAGGCCGUCCUCUCAACAGCCCCGUCUGUGUCUGAAAUCAAAGAAGCUUUAUCCCCGCUUCCUCCUCCAGUGAGAUUCCCGCUUUUUGGAGUGAGGAGGACCAAGAGUGAGCAGUUAGGCCUGGCACAAAAGGGAAAGAGACCCCCCAAGGAGAAGAGGAGGAGGUUGCCCCCUCCGGUGCCCCCGCCAGUGGUGACAGCCCCUGAGGAGGUCCUGGAGCCCAGCUCUAGCCCCCCCUUGGACGAAGCGGAGAAAUCUCCCCCCAGCACAAGACGUCCUUCCCCAGGCCUCAUGCUCUCUGGCAUGGACACCAGGGGCAGCAAGGUCAAGAUCCGUCGGGCAACGUUGAAUAAAGACUUGGAUGCAAUCAAAGAGUCCAAAAUGAGUGCUUCCGUCUCACCCCCUUCACAACUCUCCUCAUCCCCCAGUUUCCCUGGGGAGCCCAUCAAGAGCGAGAAGAGUGUCAUCUUCAAGGAGUCCCCCUCGACAGACAAGAGCCAGGGGUCUCCUUCGUCUCCAGGCAAGAGCCAGGGGUCUCCUUCCUCAUUUGAGAAGAUCCAGGGGUCUCCUUCCUCGUUUGAGAAGAGCCAGGGGUCUCCUUCGUCUCCAGGCAAGAGCCAGGGGUCUCCUUCCUCGUUUGAGAAGAGCCAGGGGUCUCCUUCCUCGUUUGAGAAGAGCCAGAGGUCUCCUUCAUCACCAAGCAAAAGCCAGGGGUCUCCUUCGUCGCUUGACAAGAGCCAGGGGUCUCCUCCCUUGCCAGCCAGGAGCCGGGCGUCGACUCCAUCUUUCGCAGCCAAGAGCCAGGAGUCCCAUCCAUCUCUGCCAGUCGGGAGCCAGGAGCUGUCUCCCUCCUCGCCUGCCCGGAGCCAGGAGUCUUCGCCCAAGUCCCUGGGCUCCGUUUCCCGCAUGAAGAGCCAGACAUCUUCUGUCAUCAUCAAGGGCUUCUUUCCUGAGAGGCCGCCUUCCGGCAGCAAGGACUACUUCAGACUACAGGAGCUGGAGAGCCACCACGGCCCGCUGCCCAGGCUGUCGUCUGGCUUCAUCCCCAACUCGGUGGCCGCCCUGCAGUUUCACAGCCAGGAGAUGCUGGCGGAUGAGAGAGAUGAGAGACUCGUGAGGGUGGUGGAGCCGGAGACAGAAAGCCACUUGAGAACGGUCCCAGGGUGGAAGGAGGAUGAGGAGCCCAGGACACGGGUUUCUGAAGAGAUCAGCAUCAUCAAACCGAGUAAAAAACAGACGGAUCUUCCUGAGAUCUUCCUGACGCAGCUGGAUGAAUCUCAAUACCCGGAGCCGAAGAAAGAGCCUCCCUUCUUUGUCUUGCCAUUCCUGGACAUGCUGUGGUUCCAAGAUCUUUUUCCUGAGGGCUUUCCGCCGGAGAUGACCUUGAACGAGUUCUUGACGAAGAUGAUGGCCUUCUUGGUUACCACCAGAGACUUUGGCCAAAAGGCAGAGCUGGUUUCCGCCAUCGCCAGCCUGAAGGACGAGAUGGGGAAUCGGAUGAACGAGCUGGUCUGCAGCACCUUUAUCCAGGUGUUGAACAAGAGGGACGACCCUCCCUCCCUCCGGGAAAGGAAGCAUCGGAAGUUCAUCCUGGGCACCUUGCAGGCCCUCGUGAAGAUGGACAAGGACAACAAGGACCUGAUAGUGGAGCUCAUGACCUUUUACAUGCAGGCUUACACCCCAGACAAGGUCGUCAUUCAUAAUCUGAUGCAGGAGGUGGGAAUCCAGGACCCCCACAGCUAUUUCACCAAGGAGCUGAGCUCCUGGCCGGUGAAGGCAAGCGACUCCAAAGAGACGAUGCGAGGAACCUGCGACCGCUGGCUGGAAGGGAAGAUGCAGGAGCUCAAGGAGCACAGAGCUCAGCUUUUGGCGCAGAAGGUUCCAUCCAGAAGGCACUAUUCCUUUAAACCUUUCCAGAAGCAGAAGAGACGCUCCACCAUGGAGACAGAGAGCAAGAUGUCCUCUCCGGAAAGCUACCAAGAGGAGUGGAGCGGCUCUAGCGUGGACCAGGAGAGGCGGCUGGAGGGGAAAUAUUCCCCCGAGAGCUACAAAGAGGCGGGGAAAGACCUGGGCAAGAAGGCGAGGGCGGAGAGGAGAUCCCUUGCGAAGGAGAAGAGGGCGAGGAAGGAGGAGAGUCCGCAGGAGCCAGAGGGUGGUGCCGUCACGGACGAUGCAGGGCAGCCAGAGACGGAGGAGUCAGGAAGCCUGGAGGCGGAGGCGGAUCAGUUUUGGAUGCAGCCCUUCCGCCCCAUCGACGCCAUCCAUUACUUCGUGGAAAAGCAGCUGGAGAAGGAGCUGGAGGAGAUGAAGCAGCUGGUCUCUUCUUCGCUGAUCUCGCCCAAGGACACCGUCAUGGCCCUGCCUCCCAUUAAGAAAAAGCGUGCCAUCCUGCGGCUCGGAGAAACCAACGCCAUGUUGAGGAAGAGAAUACCCGAGCGCUUCUACUGCCCGUACAUCUUCCCGCGCUACCUCAUGAAGGGCUUUGCGCCCUUUGUGAAACUUCCCUUGCCGAGAAUCAACUUGGACCCCUUCCCACCCAUUCUGGCGAGGCCGGCAUCACCAAAGUCUUUCACCGCCAUGCAGCAGUUGGUGCGGAAGUAUUUCAUCCCCAAGUUUUCGUACGCCGACAACUACCCCUGAAGGCUUCAGGAGAUGCCUGAAGUUCCAUCCGAGAGGUGAAAUUCCUUCUGGCUGGCAAUGGCUGGAGGGCUGGCCAGCGCCACGUCUCAUGGUGCCCCAGCCAGGCAGAUGGCAGCGAUGGGAGGCUGCCCGCCUGCCUGCCACAGAUGCAUCCAGACAAAAUGAAAAGUCAAUAAAAGCAAACUUAUGCCCAAGGUCACCCAAAA